AAAUUAAAAAGUUUGAUAGUGUACAAAGAGUAAGUAGGCGCCAACAAUGUCCGAUGAAAUAGAUACCGACAAUGAAUUGGAGGAGAAUUACUAUAGCUAUUUAAAUGUUCCCAAAGAGGCCUCCGCUGAACAAAUCAACAAUGCCUAUCGGAAAUUGUCACGUUUGUAUCAUCCGGACAAACACACCGAACCGGAAAAUAAACAAAAAGCCGAGCUGAUGUUUAAUCGUACCAAAAAGGCCUAUGAAGUUCUAUCCGAUCCACAUAAGCGGGCGAUCUACGAUUCGGUGGGUGACAAGGGACUACGCACAGAUGGUUGGGAGUUGGUACAGCGACAGAAGACACCGGCCGAAAUACGUGAAGAAUAUGAACGGCUAGCGGAGGCAGCUGAGGCCCGUAAGCUGUUGCAGAACACAAAUCCUCGUGGCAAUGUUACCAUUAAUGUUAAUGCCACGGAAAUAUUUUCACCCUAUGAUGAAAGUGAUUUUCCCCACAUUGAAGUGUCUUCCAUGAGCAUAGCUCAGUCGAUAGAAGCACCACUGACGCGAAGAGACACAUUGACAUUGAGCGGUAAUCUGGUGUCGUCGAAUGGAAAUGGUUCCGGCGGUUUUGUGGUAUGUGGUCGGCGGCUUUUGAAUAAAGGCUGGUUGGAAUUGGAUGUGGGAGCAGGUAAUGGUUUACUGUUGGGAGUUAAAGGCGGUCGCACUUUAUCCUCGCUGGUAACAUUAAAUGCUGGUGCAUCCACCAAUUUUCGGGAUAAUGGUGUAGUACCGGGCCUCUUCACGACAUUGGGUGUGCAAUUGGACAAACAUACAUUGGGCUCAUUGACUUUAAAUGCCGGCGGACAAGCUUCGAUGACAACACAAAUUGAUCGCAAUACCGAACGUUAUGCGUGGUCAACAUCGUUUGUAAUUGGAUCACCGCAUAUCUACUUCAGCAUUGCCUAUACCCACAAAAUGAUUGAAAAUGAACUGAAACUAAAGGCAGUGGCUAAAGUGGGUACCUUUGGUUUUAUGGCGGAGUAUGGGGCUGAGAAGAAAAUAUCCAAAUACAGUUCAGUGUUGGCGGCUGUGUCGAUUGGUGUGCCCACCGGUGUAAUACUGAAGUUCAAAGUCAUUAGGUCCCAACAAACCUAUGUAUUUCCCAUACAUUUAAGUGAAGAAAUUGUACCGGCGGCUGUAUUCUAUGCCACGGUUACACCAAUUAUUGUUUGGUUUUUCGUCAAAAAGUCCAUCAUUGAGCCAAUGCAAGCCGAACGCAAGAACAUCGAAAUUGAAAAGACCAAACGUACGAAUGAGCAACGCAUGAAUUUGAAGCGGCAAGAGGCCAUGGCGGCAUUGGACUUAAUGCAACACACCUAUGAGCGUAUUGUACAGGAGGAAACCGAACGUAAUGGUUUGAUAAUUGUCAAAGCCACCUAUGGCCAGACAGAGGACGAUAAUCAAAAUGAUUUCAUUAAGGAGUCAUCGAUAGAUGUUACAGUUCCUGUUCAGUGUUUGGUGAAAGAUGGUGUUCUAGAAUUGUACAAUUCAUCAAAGAGCGACCUGCCCGGUUUCUAUGAUCCCUGCAUUGGCGAAUCGAAAUUCUUACGCAUUGAUUACAUGCACAAUAAUGUCAAUAAAUCAAUUGUUCUUAAAGAUAUUGAAGCUGUUAGACUGCCACGAUAACCGAAAUUC